UUGCCAGUUAAUACAGAAUAUAUACCUACCUGCAUACCUAGCCUACAGAUAAAAAGACCGAUAGAUAGAUAGAUUUAGUUAGAUUAGACAGACAGCCUUUUACAUUUCCAUUUUUGAUUUAGAUUUUCGUUGUUUUAUUGUUUUUUUAUCAUCGCGUUCGUAAAAUGUACCUGACCAGCCGUAGGAGAGCCGCAGCAGCACGGAGACGAAGGAGGGAGUCAGCUCGCCGUCGAUACAUGGUUGCCAUGUACGGACAUUUAUGUUGUAGUACUGAAGAAGGACUUCCGCCUUUCCAGGCCUACGCUGGAUAGCCUGGUCCACCGUCUCCAGGGGCCGGUCGACCACGGGUGGGGGAAGGCCUUUGAGGUGCUGGUGUUCCUGUUCUGGCUGGCGUGUGGAACGUCCUAUCGAGUGGUGUCGGAGGCCUUCGACAUUCCCCGCACGACAUGCCACGAUUUGGUCCACAGGGUGAGCAAGACAUCCAGCUGGCAGGAUCCCCGGCUUUUGGCAAUGUGGCAGGGGCCAUUGAUGGAUGCCACGUUCGCAUUGUGCCCCCUGGAGGCUUUGCUUCAGAUUACUUCAACCGAAAGCUGUUCCACUCUAUACAGUUCCAGGCCAUCUGCGACCAUGAAGGUCGCUUUUUGGACGUGCACGUGGGCUUCCCUGGCUCGGUGCACGACGCCAGGGUCCUGAAGAGCAGCCCUUUUUUCGUGCACCAGCUUUACCCCCCUCCAGGUUGGUGCCUCCUUGGCGACGGAGGGUAUCCUUGCCUGGCUCAGCCGAACCGUCUGCUGACCCCCUACCGGGAGCCUGUCCGCAACGCUGUCCAGGGCCGCUAUAACGCGAAGAUGUCGAGGGCAAGGUGUGUGGUGGAGAGGGCCUUUGGGGUGCUGAAGACCAGGUGGCGCUCCAUAUUUUUAAAGGCCCUGUUUUCCUGUUCUUCUGGAACAUGAUUAUUGUUGAUUUUGUUGAUUAUCUUGUAAAUAGAAAAAAAUAAAAAACAUAAAAAAAAUGUUUAUUUACAUUAAAAAAUGUAAAUAGUUA